AUGGCCUGGUCGGAGAAAAUCAAAUCCAUGCUGGCAGCUUUCGCCCCCUCGAAGAAGGCCACAUCCAGACCCGAGGAUCAGAGCGCUUCGGAGGCAGGCCCUCAACGUCGGCAGAUAAGUUGGUUCCACGACGAGGAAUGGACGGAUGACGACUCCUACGAUGCACUGACGGAGAUUGCGGUACCAGAGCCCGUGGAGAGACAUCAUGCAGAGGACCUGAGGAGUCGUCCGUCCCUGGAACAGCGACUUUCGAGCAUCUCCCAUUCUAAUCCGGAUGCGGAGGCAGCCUGCGGGGCUCUGAGCGAGGUUGCAACGCCGGAGCCUGUGGAACGCCUCUCUGAAGAGGAGUUAAGACACCAUCCUUCCCUGGAGAAAAGACUGUCCAGUGCCUCACAUCACCAUCGUCGUCGCCGAUCCAGUGGAGGUUCCGCUCCUGAGACCCGCGCUGUGGAGUGA